UUUCAGCAAGUUCUUUUCACUUCCAAACCAGCAUCCCUCGCGCUCACACCUCACCUCAGAGCUCAGAUCUCUCUCGUCUCUGUGCUCGGUGGCCGGAGAAUGGGUAGCGUCGACGCCUCGGAAAGGACGGCCACCGGGUGGGCUGCCAGGGACGCCGACGGCCACCUCUCCCCCUACACAUACCCCCUCAGGAAAACAGGGCCUGAAGACGUGCUGGUGAAGGUUAAGUAUUGCGGCAUCUGCCACACUGACAUCCACCAGGCCAAGAACCACUUUGGGAUUUCCAAGUACCCCAUGGUCCCUGGGCAUGAGAUGGUAGGCGUGGUGGAGGAGGUCGGGCCGGAGGUGAGCAAGUACACCAUUGGUGACAUGGUCGGCGUGGGCGGGAUCGUCGGGUGCUGCCGCAGUUGCCGGCCUUGCAAUGCCAACGACGAGCAGUACUGCAGCAAGAAGAUCUGGACGUACAACGACGUCUACACCGACGGUAGGCCGACGCAGGGCGGCUUCUCCUCCGCCAUGGUCGUCGACCAGAAAUUUGUGGUGAAGAUCCCAGCCGGGCUGGCGCCGGAGCAGGCGGCGCCGCUGCUGUGCGCCGGCGUGACGGCGUACAGCCCGCUGAAGCACUUCGGUCUGACGACCCCAGGCCUCCGCGGCGGCAUCCUAGGGCUGGGCGGCAUCGGCCACCUGGGCGUGAAGCUGGCAAAGGCCAUGGGCCACCACGUGACGGUGAUCAGCUCGUCGGACAAGAAGCGCGCCGAGGCCAUGGACGAGCUGGGCGCGGACGCAUACAUCGUCAGCUCCGACGGGGACCAGAUGGCCGCCGCCGCCGACUCGCUGGACUACAUCAUCGACACCGUGCCCGUGGACCACCCGCUGGAGCCCUACCUGGCGCUGCUCCAGCUGAACGGGAAGCUGGUCCUGAUGGGCGUCACCCCGGCGCCGCUCAGCUUCCUGUCCCACCUGGUGAUGAUGGGGAGGAAGACCAUCACCGGCAGCUUCAUCGGGAGCAUGCAGGAGAUGGAGGAGGUGCUCCAGUUCUUCGCCGACAAGGGGCUCACCUCGCAGAUCGAGGUCGUCAAGAUGGACUACGUUAAUCAGGCGCUCGAGAGGCUCGAGCGCAACGAUGUCAGGUACCGCUUCGUCGUCGACGUCGCCGGAAGCAACAUUGACGACGCCGCCUGAUCGGCACCAGCCAGAUAGUGCUAGCGCAACAUGCUUCACUUAAAUUGUGCCUUCCUUUCCGAGGAGAUGGCUUCGUGCUUGGCAUAAAUCCGGCAUUAAUAAUGCUAUUUGUGAAGUACUAUCCGUGGUGGUUUCCUCCUGCUGAAACACAUAAAUUCUGCUGGUAUUCCUCAAUUAAUAACUUAGUCCAAUAGCCGGAAAAAAGUAUGGCUUUGUGUUCUGAAGGUUUGGUCUGAACAACCAUGUAGUGUUUUCUGAAUCUUCGGACACCAUUCUGCCUUGUCUCCAUGUGAAUCCUUUUAUCUUUGUCAAGUGUUGAACGCUUAAUCAGGUGUAUGAACUUGUUAUGAUUGAAGCAUUUUAUACCUAAUAUAUGCAAACUGCUAUGAUGUCCAA